AUGGCCUGGCCUCGGCUCCGAGAUGCAGCCCUUCUCGGGAACAGAUACCUGGAUUUGGUCCAGAGCAGGUUGCCCGCGGGAGGGCCCGGCGAGCGGCAGCGCGCGAGGGAGGGCGAGAGGAAGGGAGGGCGAGAAGGAGGGAGGGAAGAAAGGAGGGCGGGCGGCGGCAGCGGUGGCCGGGGCUUCCCUCCCCUGAUGGGAGGCGGCUGCCCUGCAUCUGUGGCCCUGGGGAACCGAGGAGCAGGUGACGAAGGAGCUUCCCGAGGCGGGGCUGGACCAAGCUCGAGGGACCGAGUCUUCCGGGUCUCGGCCCCAGGCCAUAGAAGGGAGAGAAGCGGGGUCUCAACCCCCAGACCUGCAGGCAUGACGUCAGAAUCAUUUGCAUCCCGCUGCCUCUACCUGCCCGGUCCAGCUGGGACCCUACCUCGCCUGGGCCAUGGCCAGAGGGUUGGUCCUCAGACAACUUCCUCUUCCUGCGAAAGAGGGGCGCUGCCCGAUGACCUACGCAGACUGAGGCCAGACUGCCAUGAAUGGAGAUCUGGAAAAGCUCAGAAGCUGAGGCCCGCGCGGCCCACCGGAGACCCGAGGGGAGACCCUGGGCGGGGGCGGAAUCACGGCCUCCCGACAGCCCCCAGAUGCCUAGGAUUCGGAGGGAAGAUGGGGGCUCCCCACCUCCUUCUGCAGGGGAGGGUUGUCAAUAUGGUGGGGUGUGCACUGGGGGCACCUCAGCCCCUGCCAGCUAAUCCCACAUCACACACCCCCAGCAGCAACACCACCACACAAAAAAAAUUGGAUACAUUUUGA